AUGCGUCCCUCCCGAGAGCGACAGUCCAUGACUGCAUCUGGCGCUAAUGGUUUUGACAAUGGCCCUCACCAAUACAAAUCCAAUUCGAACGCAAGAUGUCUUCCCCAGCAAGCCUUUUUCACGCCUCUUCAGAUUGGUAACCUCACCAUCUCCCACCGCAUCGAGAUUUCCGCCCUCACGACUGACAGUGGUAUCCCCACAGAGCUCAUGGCCGAGUAUCAUGCUCGCCGCGCUGCUGGGGGCGCCGGGUUAAUCAUCCCACAGGGCACCCCGAUCAUCCCCAAGCACGGAAUGGCCCGACGCACCUGGGAUGUGUGUCCGAGAACAGUUGGAAGGCUGGAAGUAACUGCACCGCGAGGGUGGUUACAUAUUUCCGCAGUUGUGGCACGCCCCUGGGGGGCACUUCCAGCUGAAACCAUCACGAUCCUGCAUCGUCCUGGUCUUGGUGAAUGUCUGUCCACAUUCCUGCUUACUCUUGUGACCUACAUCUACCUCUGCGUCGUCUACAUCCUCAUUCCAACAUUCAUCACAACACUCCCUCAACCAUGUAGGACUGCUGUUGCACUCUCAUGGGCUCUCUGUCAGCUACUUUUCUGCGUGGGGAUAUGUCUCCUAUUUCCAGAAGCAUCCCCGACAGAGGUUGAAACUAUGGUGUUCGCGUUGUACACAUCCAGCAUUAUCUUUGCUUACUGGACAAUGGGGCUCGCUGGCCCCAUUCCGAUCAUCGGCGCUGUCCUCUUUUUUGGUGUCAUGGGCUACAUCACAAUCAUAAAUCCUUUUUUCUGUUCAACUUUCAUGCAACAUGGGCAGCAUCAAUUCUCGACGAAGGAGGGGGCAGCAAUGACAGAGGGAAACGCUCUGGAUGUAGAGAGUUGGCCUCAAAGACACGUGGCAGAUGACAUCGCUCCAUACUCAGUCUACCAGGAUGAUAGAGUUAAUUUGGGCAUUUUCAUUUUCAUGUAG